ACCCUCAAAUCCCUAAGAAAAAACCCCAAUUCCGUAUCUCAUUCUGAAAUCCGCAAUGGGAAGAAUUUCCUCCGCCGUAGAAAUUCCCGAUCGCCACCGCCGCAAUGGUGGAUAUUCACCGGACUCCCGCAGCUAUUCUCGGCGCAAUCAAAGCUACAGCCGCAGCCCUAGCCCCAGCCAUAGGCGCCGCGAUCGAAGUUACAGCCACAGCCCUAGCCCUAGCCACAGGCAAGCUCCGAGCCGCGGCCGUCGUUUCAGCCGGAGUCGGAGCCCCACCGGAAACGGUCAUAACAGGUAUCGUCGUCCUUCUCCGGAUUACUCUUACCCUAGUAUCGAAGGCACCAGAGAUAGAAGGAAUUAUAACUAUGAUAAUAGGAAAACAUCUUAUCUAGAUCGAGAUAAUAGAAACGAACAGCAUGUUGAAUCUGAUUCUGAUGAGGAAUUGAAAGGCCUCCCUUACGAAGAGUAUCGCCGGCUGAAGCGUCAAAAAUUGAGAAAAUCGCUGAAAAAUUGUAUUUGGAAUUGCACUCCUAGCCCCCCUAGGGGACCAGAUGAAAAUUCGGAUGCAGAUCCGGAAGAGGAUUUUGGAGGUGAAGAGGAGAAACAAUUGAAAGCGGAAGUUAAAAAAUCGAGAGAGAUUCAAUCUGAGUCAGAUGAUUCUGCAUCUGAAUCCGAUGAUUCUAGGUCGAGGAAGGGUAGGAAAUCUGUCUCUAGGAAGAAAAGCAGGAGAUCGCCAUCAUUAUCUGAGAGUGGAAGCGAAUCCGCAUCCGAAUCCGAUGAUUCUAGGUCGAGGAAGGGUAGGAAACGUGUAUCUAGGAAGAAAAGCAAGAGAUCGCCAUCGUUACCCGAGAGUGGAAGCGAGUCUGAGGAAGAAUCGAGCUCGGAUGAUUCUGAGGAAGAGCGGAGAAGGAGGAGAAGAAAGAGUGGGAGAAGAAAAAGCAGUAAGAGAAGUCACAGGAGAAAGAGAAGCAGUAGGAAGAAAGCCAAAACAAGUGAGAGUGAGAGCGAGAGCGGAGACGAGGAUUCUGAUAUGAGUGAAGAUGUGAAGUUGAAGAAGCGCAGUCGGAGAUCAUCCUCGAAAGGAAGCAAGAAGAAGAAAGAUGCGGAUAUUGAGAUUUCGCAUUCGAGUGAGGGUGCUCCUGAUGUGGAAGCUGAUGCGGAGGACUUAACGGAGAAGAAGGCUAAUGAGGUCAUAGUUGACGAUGAUGUUAAUGAGGAGAUACUUAAGUUUAAGGAAAUGAUCGAGUCACGGAAGAAACAGAACUUGGAAGAUGAGGAUGAAGUGGUUGGACCAAUGCCUCUGCCGAGGGCUGAAGGGCACAUUAGCUAUGGUGGCGCGCUUAGGCCCGGUGAAGGUGAUGCCAUUGCUCAGUAUGUUCAGCAAGGGAAACGUAUCCCUCGUAGAGGAGAAGUGGGGCUUUCUGCUGACGAAAUUUCCAAGUUUGAGACGCUGGGAUAUGUGAUGAGUGGUAGUAGACACCAGAGGAUGAAUGCCAUUCGUAUCAGGAAAGAAAACCAGGUGUACAGUGCUGAGGACAAACGAGCCCUUGCAAUGUUUAACUACGAGGAGAAGGCCAAGCGCGAGCAGAAGGUUAUGGCUGAUCUACAGCGGUUGGUGCAGCGCCAUAUUGGUCAGGACACUGGUCCUUCGCACGAUCCCUUUGGUGGAAAGGUUGCCGAGGUUGAUGAAGAUUGAUUCUGUCUACUAUUAUUACAAUGUCAGUAUCUGGCGUUUACCCUUUUGAUUGGCAUUUAUAUUUGACUUAUGCAUUGUAUUCGUAUACUUUCUUGUGUUUGGAAUGUUUAAUAGCAAAUAUUAUGCAGAAAUCUGGUUGAAGUC